AUGUUAGGAACGGAGGAGCGAGCACAAAAGAGACCAAGUAGGGCGAACCUUUGUUACAACCAUUACUUCAUCUUCAUUAUGGGCUUCCUGAUGUUCUACGCUGCAAUGUACGCCCUCAAGGGACGCGACGAGCGAAGGAAUGCAGCGGCGCUCUCCCAGCUCUCUGACUUCGAUCUCGGGGGGAGAUCAUCCGGCCACCCCAUGCACGCGCACACACAAGUCUUGACCAACAGGCACGCCAACUCCCUGCUUUCUAAGGUUCCGGCGAUCUCUGACUGCGGACUUUUCGGCACGGACUGCGAUGGGAAUACCUACUUGCAGUCUGCUCUUCCUACGCACGCUACCCCUACCCAGUACCAUCUGUCGCCCUGA